AUGUGCGACGACCCGCCCAAGCAGAAACGUGGGCGCCAGAGCCGGCCAAAGGUCAAGACAGGCUGCACCAACUGCAAGCAAAGGAGAAUCAAGUGUGACGAGAAGCGUCCGGCAUGCACUCAAUGUGUUCGCAGCCACAAGGACUGUACUGGCUAUCCUCCGCCUCCGCGCCAUGCCGUGCCAUACGCCGAGCUUCGUAUAGCACCGAAGCCUGCCGUUGCCGCCGCGGCACCUACGCUGGCGAGCAAUGCGGGAACAUCGUUCCCGGGGCGCGAAAGGGGGCUCCCUCCCCGAAGGCUCAACCGCCAGCAGCAGACUGCACAGUCAGGCAGAGGAGGAGACUCGAUAUCGCCAGCGGGUUUCGCGCCAUCGCCUGCCGGCAAUCCAUCACUCGAUGUAUAUCGGCCUGCUAACAGCAUCCCCUUGAAGGGUAUUGAGAUGCAGUACUUUGACUUGUUCCGGAUUCACACAACAUCAGAGUUGUCAGGGUACUUUGACUCCGUCUUCUGGACCCAGCGUGUCCUCCAAGAGUGCCAUAGCGAGCCGGCCGUUCGCCACGCAACUAUAGCACUCGGGGCACUCUACAAGACACUCGAGCAAUCAUGGCAAUCACCGUCACCCACUGACGAGUCCAACCCGGUGCCGCCUUCGUCGACACAUGACGGGAACGUCAUGGGUCAUUGGCAGGUGGCUGUACGACAGUACUCAGAGGCAUGCAAUGCCAUGAUGCUGCUCGACGGGCAAGCACCCGGCUCUCACCGUACGAGGCUCAUGGCUAGUGUCUUGCUGGGCUCGUUCGACGCCUUUAUUGGCGACCACAAGCAGGCGAUCAUCCAGGUCCAGAACGGACUCGGACUCCUGGCAACCCUGCGGCUCGACCGCCCCGGCCAACACAAUUCGGGACUUUAUGGCAUCGAGGAGGAACUCGUCACCAUCUUCCGCCGACUCGCUAUACAAGCCAAAUCCUACGAUCUGGCCUUUCACUUUCAAGAACCAUAUGUCAUCCGCCUGGACCCCGAGGAGCCUCUUCCGGAGAGUUCUUCGGCACCCUAUCCUGAACGCCCAUCCAGCUUUCUGUCGGCCCCGUCUCUAGACAGGCAAUUUGCCAACCUGCGCGACGCUCGAUUGGCAUAUGACCGCCUUUGCGAGCGAGGUCUGCGCUUCAUAGAGCGACUGCACCAGAUGAAACGGCACCCCUUUCCCCUCUUUCCGGCUUCAUGGCGCCAGUACAGCCUGGGUUUCCAGACCGAGAUUGACGACUGGAGCAACGCCUUCCGGCCAUUGUUCGACUCUCGAUUUUCCUCUCCCCAUCUCACCGUGCAAGAAAGGUCCGGGAUCGCAACGCUCAAGAUGAUGCAGAUCAACAUUAAGAUUAUCAUGAUGUGCCUGUUCAACAGCACCGAGUCCCACUUUGAGGUCUUUAUGCCCCAGUUCCAGCAGAUCGUGAGCCUCGGGCAAGAGAUCAUUGCGAACGACGAGAGGGAGGCACGGGACCAACGCUGUGCCUACCCACAGCGGUGUCUACACAGGCGAUAUGACGACCCGGCGGACGUCACGGCAGGGGGGUACACGGCGUAUCAUAUCAGGCCGAGCUUCAGCGCAGAAAUGGGCAUCGUCCCUCCUCUGUUCGUCGUCGCGACCAAGUGCCGCGAAGGUAUCUUGCGGAGGAAGGCCAUCGCGCUGCUGCGUAGUAGUUCCCGACGGGAGGGCAUGUGGGACAGCGGACUCGCUGCGCGCGUCGCCCAGCUAGUCAUGGACCUCGAGGAGGCGGAUGGCCCCGCGAUGGCGCAGCCCCAACAGCAGCAGCAGCAGCAGCAGGGGAUGCCGUUGCGUGUCGACACGUCUGCGAUGGGGAGCGGCUAUAUCGUGCCGCACGGGGCAUCUCCAGCCUCGCGCAACCGACCGAUAUCAGAGGAGAAACGCCUUAUGAUCCAGUCGAUUGACUUUGACCUGCGAGCUAGGUUUGCUGACCUGCAGGUAGGGACGAGGUCUGCGGGCAACAGCAUGGCAGAGGCGGAUGACAAGAGGAGGCUAUUGCACAUUGUGUGGUGA